AUGAAUCAAUCCUUACUAAAAGCUGAAGCGAUUAUAAUGCCUAUUGUCUUCACUCUAUUGUCACUAUUCACAAGAAUGUAUAAAAUUGGAAUAAAUAACCAUGUCGUUUGGGAUGAAGCACAUUUUGGAAAAUUUGGUUCUUACUACUUGAGACAUGAGUUUUAUCAUGAUGUUCAUCCACCUUUAGGAAAAAUGUUAGUUGGGUUAUCUGGCUACUUGGCUGGAUACAAUGGAUCUUGGGAUUUCCCAUCUGGAAAUGAAUAUCCCGAAUAUAUUGACUAUGUCAAAAUGAGAAUAUUUCAAGCUGUUUUCUCUUCGUUAUGUGUUCCCUUUGCUUACUUCACUUGCAAAAGCAUUGGCUUUUCUGUAUAUUCCACUUGGUUAUUUACUUUAAUGGUAUUAUUAGACAAUUCAUAUGUUACUCUUGGAAGAUUCAUUUUGUUAGAUUCAAUGUUAUUGUUAUUUACCGUGACCACUUUCUUUUGCUUAGUCCGAUUCCACAAUGAAAAAAAGAAACCAUUUCAAAGAAAAUGGUGGAAGUGGAUCCUAUUGUUAGGUAUCUCAAUUGGUUGUGUAUGUUCUGUUAAAAUGGUUGGAUUGUUUGUUACUGCUUUAGUUGGAAUUUAUACAAUUAUUGAGCUAUGGAACCAAUUUGGUGAUAAAACUCUUGCUAACGGAAUUUAUGUUUGUCAUUGGAUAGCAAGAAUCAUUGCAUUGAUUGUGAUUCCAAUGUUGGUUUUCCUUCUAGCUUUUAAAGUUCAUUUUGAAUUAUUGUGGCAUUCUGGUCCAGGUGAUGCUAACAUGAAUUCUUUAUUUCAAGCUAAUUUGGUUGGUUCAAAUGUCGGCAUUGGUCCAAGAGAUAUAACCGUCAGAUCUUCAAUUGUCACAAUUAAAAAUCAAGGAUUAGGCGGUGGUUUAUUGCAUUCUCAUGUCCAAACUUAUCCUGAAGGUUCAAACCAACAACAAGUUACAACUUAUUCACAUAAAGAUUCCAAUAAUAACUGGAGAUUCGAAAGACCAAGAUGGGAGAAAGAAUUUAAUGAAGAAAUAGAUGGAAACGAGUAUAUUCAUGAUGGUUUGGUUGUUAGAUUAUUCCAUCCUCAAACUGGUCGUAAUUUGCACACACAUCAAGUCAAUGCUCCAGUUUCAAGAACUGAAUAUGAGGUAGCAGGCUAUGGUAAUAUGACUGUCGGUGAUGAAAAAGACAAUUGGGUUGUGGAAAUUGCAAACCAAAUUGGUAAUGAAGACUCAAAAAAUUUGCACCCCUUGACAAGUUCAUUCAGACUUCGUUCUAAAGCCAUGAAUUGUUACCUUGGUACAACCGGCGAAUCCCUACCUCAAUGGGGUUUCCGUCAAGGUGAAGUUGUUUGUUACAAGAAUCCAUUUAGAAGAGACAAGAGAACUUGGUGGAACAUUGAGUAUCAUGAAAAUUCAAAAUUACCUCCACCAAGUGAUGAUUUUACUUUGCCAAAAACCAAUUUUUUCAAAGAUUUUAUUCAAUUGAAUCUUGCAAUGAUGGCUACUAAUAAUGCUUUGAUUCCAGAUCAAGAUAAACAGGACGAUUUGGCCUCAUCAUUCUGGCAAUGGCCUACUUUGAAUGUUGGGAUCAGAUUAUGCUCAUGGUCGGAUGACACUGUCAAAUAUUUUCUCAUCGGUUCUCCAGCAACUACUUGGACUUCAUCAGUUGGUGUCAUUAUUUUUGCAAUUUUAUUUGUCAUUUAUGUUUUAAGAUGGCAAAGACAAAUUGAUGAUUUCCCAGCAGCAGAGGAGCCCAGAACUCAUAAAUUUAAUUUAUUUUUAAUGGGAGGAAUUUAUCCAAUGUUUGGAUGGGGAUUACAUUUUAUGCCAUUUGUUAUCAUGGGAAGAGUGACAUAUGUUCAUCAUUACUUGCCUGCUUUGUAUUUUGCCAUGCUAGUUUUCACAUAUUUGAUUGAAAGUUUAACAAGUAAUGCCAGAGCUAAUAAGGGAUUCAAAAACUUAAUCAAAGUAUGGUUGAUAUACGGUGUUUUGUAUUUGUUGGUUAUUAGUUGUUUUAUUUAUUUCUCGCCAAUAAGUUUUGGUAUGCCAGGACCAAAUAGAGAUUACAAAUAUUUGAACUGGUUAUCAACGUGGAGAAUCUCAGACGAAAAAAGAUGGUAA